AUGCAGAUUUCGUCGAUCCUCACCCUCGUGGCACUGGCCUCCAGUGUCGCUGCAGAUCUACACAACCAAGCCGUUUGUGUGAAGAACAGAGUCGAGGCGCCCGUUGGCGGGACCCCGUGGAGCGUCAGCUACACCUGGAGCAACAACUACGAGAUCGAAGUCGAGGCGACCAAGUGCGCCUGCGAACACUACAAGAACCGCAACACCGGCGAUAACCAGUGGGAUAAGUGCCCGGACUGUAAAGUUAUCGAUAUGAUUUGCCACUCUGACGGCUGGCACAUUGGAGGUGACGAAAUGAACUAUUACUGCACGAAGAAGUGCGGCGCACAAGGGGCGGAGGCCAACUAG